CUCCCCUCUCGUCCUCUCCAGCGCCUCCUGGAGCCAAGUUGCGAAAACAACGACGAGAAAGAACAACAUUUACACAAUUCCAGUUAGACAUUUUGGAAUCUUUGUUUAGUAAAACCCGUUAUCCUGAUAUUUUCAUGCGUGAAGAGGUAGCGUUGAAAAUCAAUCUACCAGAGUCAAGAGUGCAGGUGUGGUUUAAAAACCGUCGAGCCAAGUGCCGCCAACAGCAACAACAAAACGACGGAUCGUCGGUAAAAAGCUCGCGCUCUAAAAUAAAUAAAGUUGCUCAUUCAACCACAGCUUUGCCAAAUAACAUUCCUUUUAAAUUAGAAUACAAGCCUGCCCCUUUACCUCCUGUACCAUCGCCCUCCUCACCUUCUGUGACGUAUAAUGGCACUAGCGCGAUAUGGAGUCCGGCAAUUACUACGAUGUCUGAUCUGAUGUCCAACAACAGCUGUAUGCAGAGAACGUCCUACCAAAUGAAAAACAUUAACAAUACCAGUAAUUGUUGCUCUCAGGGUUAUGGAACAACGUAUUACUAUGGAAACAUUAGUAUGGACUAUUUCCCGCCACCCAUACCACAAGCGCAGAUGGGCAUCUCGAGGGCGAACAUGCCCGUGAUGGUAUCGCAUAUGACUCCCCGAACCUCCUCGAUCAACGGAAUCAUUUCGUCAAACGAGUGCACAGAGUAUGGAGGUGAGAAGUCACCUGCAUGGAAGUUUUAAGUAUUGUGAAGAGAAUUAUUAGCUGCUUAACCUUUGACUCUCUCCCUGUUUAACAGGACCAUUUCAUAAAACGAAU